CGAGACAGGCAAAUCACAUGCAGUGGUGUUCCGUUUGCGCAGGCGUCGCUACAUCUCAUGUCAUUUUACGAACAGGAAGAUAUUUUUCUGCUGUGUUAUGAGAUCAGCAGAUGAAAAUGUGUUGUUUAAUUGGGAUUUAUUUAUCGGUUUGAACGAGACGUUUAUGUAAUCGCAUGUUGUUAUCCAAAUGUUAAACGAAUGUAACGAUUUUCCAGAGACAACUUUUCCUGCAGCACGGAUAUAUUUUGCGAAGUUGUUAUUCCCGCACACAUAGACUGGAAACUGUUUUUGUUACUUAUGGGCGUGAAUUUAGCUCUAGGAAGCAAGUCAGGUGUAGGUAGUUACCGGCUUGCAAAAUAAUUGUGUUUAGUAAUCAGAACUGUUAAUUCCUCUUGUUAAACUGAAUUGGUGAUGAUUUUACAGGAACAUUAGCUCCUCACGGUAUAUUCACAUAUUGGUAGUUCGCUACACAGAUAAUCAGGGAAAGAGGAAAUGAGUAUCCGUUCAUUGUGGAUAAUCACUCACGAGAAGGGACAAUCUGGAACUGUGCGCUUUUCAAAGCGGUAUCCCACAGUUGAGUGGCGUGCCAAGUCUCUUGGAGGGACGCAGUAUGUGGCUGUCCCAGAGGACAGUGGCAUCCUCCACCCCCUCCUGACGGAGCUGGGGCUAACCGAUCCCGAUAAGUCCUUCAUUGUGUCACGGGAUGACUGCGCCCGGCCCCAGCGCUCCCCAGCCCUCGAGCUGCACCUGGAGGGCCGGGAUGGGGGGGCCCUGUGGCCCAUGUUGGCCAUUGUUCAGGGAGGGCUGAUCCUGGCCUGUCUGCCCUUGGUGGAAGCUCCCCCCGAACCUCGGCCCCCCCUCCCCAGCCUGGCCUCUGUGUCCCAGGGCCUCUCCCUGCUGACAGGCCUGCAGAGCUUCCUGUGUGGAGCCGGGGGUAAGCUGGAGGCGGAGGCACUGGCAUCUCGCCUGGCCCUCUUGCCCUCGGUUCUCCUGCAGGUGUGUCCCCUGGGAACCCCCCUGGACACCCCCCAGGUGGGCUCAUCGCCCGCUGCUACAGCAGCCACCCCGGUGGGGACCCAGAAGCAGCCGGCGUGGAAAGCGGGGCUCCACCGGGGUCGGGCGGUGGUGAGCGUGGCGCUGAGCGAGAUGGUGCGGUCGAUGCAGUAUGGCAGCCGCAGUCGGCAGGACCUAUGGGACGUCUACGGCAGCGUGACCUGCAAGUGUGAGGUGGAGGGCGUCCUGCCCAAUGUGACGGUCACCCUCUCGCUCCCGCCGAACGGCUCUCCGCUGCAGGACAUCCUGGUCCACCCCUGCGUGACCUCGCUGGACGCCAGCCUCCUGACCGCCACCAGCGUGGAUGAGAGCGAUGGCUCUGCCUUCUCUGGGCCCUACAAAUUCCCCUUCUCCCCCCCGGUGGAGCCCUUCAACCUCUGCAGCUACACGUCUCAGGUGCCGGUCCCUCCCAUCCUGGGGUCCUAUCAGCUGAAGGAGGAGGAGGAGGGGCAGCUUAGGGUGACUGUGAGCCUGAAGCUACACGAGAGUGUGAGGAACAGCUUUGAGUACUGUGAGGCGCACCUGCCCUUCUUCAACAGAGGUCAGCUGGGUAACGUGGAUGUCAAGGUGAGCUCCGGGCAGCUGGAGGUUACCAGGGAGAAGAGCCUGCUGGUUUGGGUGGUGGGACAGAAGUUUCCCAGGUCUCGGGAGGUGUCGCUGGGGGGAACUGUGAGUUUCUCUGGGCAGUCUUCAGGACCAACUGAUCCUCUGUGCACUGGGCUGACAGCCUACAUCAAACUAUACUUCCGGGUUCCAGACCUGACUCUGUCCGGAUGCAGUGUGGACCAGCACUCUGUGCAGGUCUACUCCACGGCAAAGCCUCGCAUUACCACCUCCCGUGAGCUGGUGUCCGCUGAGUAUUACAUCUGGAACUCCACUGGCGAUGCCCCCGUUUCCUCAGGACUGAUUCUGUAAGCACACCUCCGAGGACGCAGAUACUGGCGGCACCUUCCUGCUGUAGGACACAUGAAAGACACCAUUGAAGCUGGAACCCCACGCGCCAAUGCAGAUCAACGGACGUUGGCUGAGCUUGUGGCUGGUCUUUCUGCGGCCAUCAAAGACAAUUCCCUCUGGCACAAUGUUUUGUGAUGAAUUUGGUUUUACAAGAGAAAAUGUGAAGAAAAUUGAACUGAAUUUCCAGAGUGAAUGAACAAUCUUCAUGUUCCUAGAACACAAGUGAACACUGCUUACAGUAGCAGCUGAUUUCGUCUUCAGCAGAGUCACUGAAUUCCUUUAGUUAAAUUUUGAAAUGUGCUAUUGUUUCACUGCAUCACCUCCUACUCAGUCCAAUUCAGUGUCUGGAAUUGAAAUGGAAAAAUAGUAGGUGGCAAAUGAAGAGCCUGUUUAUACACAACACAUUGUUGUUCAUUGAAAGUCAGCGUGGACUUAAUCUCUGUGCCUUCCUAAUAAAAUGACAUUAAAAAGUUGUAUUUAU